AUGGAAAAAAAUGGAUAUACUUCGCAAAAUAUUCCUUAUUUAUCCAAUUAUGAUGAUGAAGAUAUUUAAGAUUUUAAUAAAGAUGAAACUUUAUAAUAUUCAGAAAAAUCAAGUUUAGAAGAUUAAAGUUAAACAUUUAAUAAUGAUGAACAUAAUAAUAUCUAAGAAAGCAAACAUGUAUAAAAAUUUAAAUGGAAAAUAGGAGAUUUUAUUGGGGCAGGAAGUUUUGGAUAAGUUUUCCGUGCUAUGAAUUGCAAUACUGGUGAAAUAUUCGCUGGAAUAAAUUAUUUGCAUUCAAAAAAAGUAAUUCAUAAAGAUAUUAAAGGGGCUAAUAUAUUAGUUGGAACUGAUGGAGUAGUUAAAUUAUCUGAUUUCGGAUGUGCAAAACAACUAGAAUUGACAUUAAAUUCUAAUCAGGAUGCUAUGCAGAAAACACUUAAAGGAUCUGUCCCUUGGAUGUCUCCUGAAAUUGUUAAAUAAUCAAAAUAUAAUACUAAAUCUGAUAUUUGGUCUUUUGGAUGUACCAUACUUGAAAUGGCUUCAGCAAAACCUCCAUGGUAUAAUUAUUAAUUCGAUAAUCCAAUUGCAGCUAUAAUGAAGAUAGGUCUUAGUGAUGAAAUUCCGGAGAUUCCAAUAUUUUAGUAAUUAUAAUGA